AUGACAAACGACAGGUUCUGCGGUGAGGCGAUCACAGCCGCCGACGCGCAGCUUCCGGCGACAACCAUCGCCCACAUCAGGACCGUUACAGCACAACUCAAAGAACAGGUGUCCGCCGAGCUCGAGCUCAUCUGUACUGCGCAGACGUCCCUCAGCACUGAAUGGAAUCAGUGCACUUCAGCCGCUACAACACAUACACGCGAGGUGGACGUGCUGGCCGAGGACGUUUUCCGCGAGGCGUGCAAGAUUCGAAAGUUCACCUGGCAGGGGCUACGGUUGCCCCGCAGCAAGUUGCCAACAACUGCACCUCAGUGUCGACACUGUGAUGGCCGCCAGCGCAUGCAAGAUCAGCGUGUUCAUCGGGGACGACUGGAGCAAGCCAUUACCAAAGCAGCAAAACGGAUCAAUGACCUGGAAACCAAGUUGGCGACCAGUGUCAAGCACACUAUAGGCCAAGGUGUUCAUUUCACGCACAUUGCUGCCCGGGCAAUGUACCUCGUCCAGGGGGAACGCGACCUCCGCGACGCGCUUGAAGAUGACCCCCGGCUUCUACGAGCCUCCUCACGCCGCUCUGCCGUCGCUGCCGUCGUCGAGGCUCGACAGCGGCGCACCCUCGUGGAUCUCGCGACGCCACGAGACUUGCGCAAGAGGAGUGACGGCCUGUUUGAAGAAGUCUGGGACCAGUACGUUGACUUUGCCAGCGUCGCUGCUGCUGGAGGCAAGAUCUGGGCGGCCAACAAGGUGAUCUUGGACAACUGGAACAAGAAGAUGGGCAAGGACAGCGCACGACGGCAGGGACCUCCUGUGCUUGCUCUUCCCCCAACUCGCUCGACUGCACGCCGUCCGAAGAGAGGCAAGUGGCACUGCAGGACGUGUGACGUGAUCGCUGGCGCUGCAAAGCGUCUCGCGUACUUUGAGGACCAAGUGGCCAUCCUACCACCAGAGUUACGGUCGUCCGUACUCGACCAGGCCCGCGUUAUCGCAGGCAGGCUUCCACCAUCGGAACGGCUCAAGAAGUUCAUGAAAGGCAUGGGAGGUAUCGAUGCGUUGAGCCAGCUUUGCCUUACAACAGAGCUGUUGUCGAUCCCGUUUCCUGUCGCCCCCAAACGGGCCUCACGCAUAGCCACAGCCGCCAGCUCUGCACCCCCAGCGUCAUUGCCAGUCGUCCUUCCAGUCGCGACACCAGCUCCACCUCCGCCGCCACCCCCGGCUCCGACUGUCGAGUGCGUCACCUCGUCUCUGGAUGCGAUGACACUCGACACACUGGCUCCUCGUCGCCAACGUGGCCUCCGUGCACACCUGAGCUCGGCACCGAUAUGGACCCCGCGGCCCAUUUUCGGCAUGGCCCAUGCCGCCUCCCCAGCAAACAACACAACUGCGGGCCAACCUCCCGCUUCGCUGUUCCCACAACUCGCUUCUCGCCCGCCCAAGCCCCCGCGUAACUUGCUUGCCGCGCCCGCUUCCGCCACACCACCCACACUUGUCCUGCCAGGCCAGAGGGCCGCCUUGGGAAUCGCGCACGACGACACUCUGCAGAGACCCAUCGCCAGGACACCCAGGCGGCCGAGCAGUCGCGUCCUGGACCCCGCCAUUCCCGUGUCUCCCACGACGCCCACCGCCCCCGCCCUGUCCGCCGACGUUCGAGCACAGGCCACACCGUGCGACCUCGCGCUCGACGUGUUCACGCCGGCCGCAGACGUACGGGGCAUGAACCCAUUUGCUCCCCCGGCGUUCACUAUACGCCCAGCCAUGACUCCGAGGAACCGCCUAGUGGAGGAGCGAAUGGGACAGUCGUCGCACAUAAACGUCUGA